AUGUUCGCUUCUGUGUCUAUCCUCUACUUCGUUAUUCUACUGACUUUUGAAAAUACUAUUGAUGGUCGAUCAGUGACGAUUCCAACUCAGGCUAAUCGUACAUUCAUAAGAAAUUCCGAUCUCUUCGGAGGAGACAUCCUUCUCCGGCCGCAGCAGCUGAAAAAUCGAGCUAUUACGACAACUCGAUCAGAUGCACAAUGGCCAAAUGGAAUCAUUCCAUACACCUGGAAAAGCGAGACCUGUGAUUCUGAAGGAAAGAAUUGUAUUUACGCAGACAUUCCUUCACAUAGUCCUUCGGAACAGGAGACCAUUCUGUUGGCGAUGCGAAGGAUCGAAGAAGCAACUGCUAUCGAUGGAUGUUGGGCUCAUCUUGGUUACUAUUCCGGAUCUGAAAGUCUUGUCUCUCUGGGACCUGGUUGUGUCAACCAGGGCACCAUCACGCAUGAGCUGAUGCAUACUCUGGACUUUCUGCAUGAGCACCAGAGAUCAGAUCGGGAUCAAUACAUUCAGAUCAAUUGGGAAAAUAUUGCCGAAAACUGGAAAGGCAGUUUUGAGAUCGACCGUGGUAUGGUUGUGAAACAAGGCACUCCGUACGAUUACAACUCAGUUACACACUAUUCUGGAUGGGCUGCUAGUAAAAACGGAGAGAGAACAAUGGAAUCAAAGCCACCGGGAAAACCUCUCGGCGAGUAUGACAAUCUCAGUGACAUUGAUGUUUUGGAGAUCCGCAAGUCCUACAAAUGUUUCAACAAAGGUAAAGAGUUUCUAAGUAUUCUAUACUCAACAACCAUACACUCUAAAAAAAUCUGUUAGCGCAAUCCCUGAGGGAUUAAAAUGUGAAACACGAUAUAGCUGCUUAUUUGUAAUGUAAAUGAGCGGAUGCUAUAAUGCGGGUUAUACUCAGUGAUGCUGCUCUAGCGUUCUGAUCAGUCUAUGACAGUGUUCUAGCCUAUCUGUCACGGUUCAUGACGCUGCCUUGGUCUGUCGAUUACGGUCUCUGGCACUACCCUGACCUGUUGGUCACGGUUUGUGGCAAGGUCAUGCAGUCUGUCGGUCACGAUCUGUGGAGGGGAAGGUCCAAAUUUUUACCCUUAAACACUUCGACACUCUCUUUCAGAUCGUGUUUCACAAAAGGAUCUUCCUCUGAAUACACGGAAAGAUCAUUUAUAGGUUUCGUAGAUUUUUUUAUUCUGUUUUUGGAACUUUCAACACAUUUGCAAGCUUUUUCAAAUCUACUGAAUCUAUUUGGGGGGGGGGGGGGGGGGAUUCGAUAAAGUUCUUUUUUUAUUAGAGUUUAGGCCCUUCUCAACAAAAAAACAUCAAGUAAAAGUAAUAAACUUACCUAAACACUAAGAUUAAGAACUCAUUCACGACCAACAAAUUAUAACAUGUUCACACAAAUAAAGUAAUGCAACAACGAAGAUAUUCCUCGACUCUGAAACACAAGCGAAAACAUUUAUUAACGAGGAUAAACUUACUCCGAAAUAUCGAACUCACCUCAACCUAGAACAGAAAUUAGAAGAAACAAGUGAUCUUAAAUAUAUCUACACAGUGACGAUCCAUAGGAGUUAAACAACACAAUCAAGCAUACACCACUAAAACUUGCGAUUAAAUAAGCAGUUGAAAUCAACCUAGAGUCUAAAUCAAGAAGUUUAUUUUAAGGAAAAAAUUUUACUUCUAAAUAAGCCCCUCGCCUGCAUUCGACCUAAACACGUAUAGACAUCCUCAUAUAAUUGUCCUUCAUGUCCUGUGGGUAAUCUUAUAUAAUGGCUAUUGACGAUCUAUAGCCAUUCUUAUAUAAUAACCCUUGAUGGUCUAUGGUUAAAUAUGCACUAGAUUCAGUUGACUGAAAUCUAGACGGACUGAAAACUAGUCAGACUGGAGCGGAUGGAUGUCUACUAUGGAUAUUCUCAUAUAUUAGGGAUGCUCAGUAUCGGUUUACUGACCACCGACUGUCAUUGACACUGACGUUCGCUGAGCACCGAUGACAUUAGUUUCAGUGGACACUAGAACACUGAUUACAUCAGUUCAGUGCAUACCGAACACUGAUGAUAUCAUUGUCAGUGUUCACUGAAAUACUGAUCAUACCAAUACAGUGCACACUGAACGCUGACAACAUCAGUGUUAGUGCUCACCGAACACUGAUGACAUCAGUGCUCAAUGUUCACUAAUAUGUUUUUAUAAUGGGUCUUCAAAGCAUUCAACUUUUGUUUUCACUUUUUACCUAUUAACAUAAAGAAACAAAACAAAUAUAGUCACUUUUCUGAUGAAUUUCGCCAAUUUGGCCACAGUGAAAUGUUUACAGAAAUGAUCACGCAUAAAAGAAUGUCACAGUAUUUCAGUGAGCGCUGACACUAAUAUAAUCAGUAUUCCAGUGAACUACAGUUUCAAUGUAAACUGUGUCAGUAUUUCAGCGUUGCAACUGAAACCGAGCAUCCCAAUCAUAUAACAGUUCUUGAUGUCCUAUGGGUAGUGUCAUGUAAUGACUAUUGACGACCUAUAGCCACUCUUAUACAAUAAGGGUGUGGGUGUGAGUGUGGGUUGUGGGUAUGCAUAUAACUUUUUCUGAACACCCCCACCCCACACCCCACACCCCACACCCACACCCACACCCCACCCUUAUUUCAAUUUAAUAAAACAUUUGAAUUCAGAUACUAUUAAAAUGCACUAUAUUCUAAAGGUCUCGUUCCUUUCUUCCCUAUCUGAAUUCAGACAAUCUUAGUCUGGUGUCGCAAUUCUGCCAGAAACUUCUUUUAAAGCAUUUUAUUCAUAGCUUUAGCUAUCAAGAUCGCAAAGAGCUUCUUUUUAAUUUCCGGUAAAGAGUAAACAUUCCACUGUUGAAUGAUAUAGGAUUAGUUAAAAACUAAUUAAUUGAUCAUUUAGAAGAACCGCUAGAAUAGGCCUAGAGGAAAUUUUGAUUGUUAUAUGCGCUUCAUGUAUAUCACCUACUACAUAUAAAUCAACUAAAAGUACUUGACGCAUGCAGAAACAUAUUGACUCGUACCCUAGAGGAUCUUUAGUAAUGACUCACUAAAAAUACAUAAGAUAUUGAAAUAAUUGAAAAACAGCGUUCUAACGAUUUCUUU